CAGAUUCAUCCAUUCAUUGUUUGACUAAAUAUGAAGACUUAAUCAAAAUCACCAUUCUCAUAUAAAGAGCCUGGAGUGUUCUUGUUGCUGUUGCUCUUUCAAUCCUCCAUCAACAAAUUGUGGUAGCCAUGAAGGUUUUCAAUACGGAGUCGGGUGCCCUGGAGAUGGAUUCUGGAGAAAAGCGGCUCAAUGAGCUUGGAUACAAGCAAGAACUCAGAAGAGAGAUGACUCUGUUUAAGACCCUGGCAAUUACAUUCUCGAGCAUGGCGGUUUUCACAGGGACACCUCUUUAUGGUUCAUGUCUGCGAUAUGCAGGCCCUGCCAGCUUAAUAUGGGGAUGGGUUGUGGUCACAUUUUUCACAUGGUUUGUUGGAAUUGCCAUGGCUGAAAUAUGCUCCUCUUUCCCAACAACUGGUUCCCUCUACUUCUGGGCUGCCCAUUUGGCCGGACCCAGAUGGGGGCCAUUCGCGUCGUGGUGCUGUGCAUGGCUCGAGGCCGUCGGCCUCAUUGCAGGAAUUGGCGCUCAGGCAUUUUCAGGAUCUCAGGCACUGCAAUUUAUCAUUCUUUUGGCCACUGGAAAUAACAAGGGGGGAGGCUACUUCGCUUCUAAGGGCGUAUUCUUAGGCAUGUAUGUGGGCCUCACCAUCAUUUGGGCAGUUCUCAACACGUUUGCACUACAAGUCGUUGCAUUCCUUAGCAUAAUUUCCAUAUGGUGGCAGAUCCUUGGUGGUCUGGUCGUGAUUAUAAUGCUUCCACUGGUGGCGCGGCCCACACAACCAGCCUCUUACGUGUUCACUCAUUUUGAAACCGCACCUGAAUCAACAGGAAUAUCUAGCAAACCUUAUGCUGUAAUUUUAUCGGUACUCCUGAGCAACUACUGUUUAUAUGGCUACGACACUGCUGCCCAUCUAACUGAGGAAACGAAGGGUGCUGAUAGAACUGGCCCCAUUGCAAUUCUUUCUAGUAUUGGGAUCAUCUCAUUCUUCGGAUGGGCUUACAACUUAGCUCUCACCUUCAGCAUCCAGGAUCCAAACUACUUAUACGACCCAAACAAUGAGACAGGUGGGGGCCUUGUACCAGCACAGAUAAUUUACGAUGCAUUCCACCGGAGAUAUCAGAGUGCCACCGGCGCUGUAGUUUUUAUGUGCAUCAUCUGGGGAUCCUUCUUCUUUUGUGGGCUUUCCGUCACAGCUAGUGCUGCCAGGGUUGUUUAUGCUCUAUCUCGAGAUAAUGGAAUUCCAUUUUCACCAAUUUGGCGAAAAAUUCAUCCCAAGUACAAGGUUCCCAGGAAUGCAGUGUGGCUCUGUGCGGUCAUCGGCAUGCUUCUCGGGCUGCCCAUCUUGAAACUGGACGUAAUCUUCACUGCCAUAAUUUCAAUAAGCACCAUUGGGUGGGUCGGUGGCUAUGCGGUCCCUAUAUUUGCGAGGCUGGUCAUGGCUGAGAAGAAUUUUAAACCAGGACCCUUUUAUCUAGGGAGAGCAAGAAGGCCAGUCUGCUUAGUAGCCUUCCUGUGGAUAUGUUAUACCUGUUCAGCCUUCUUGUUGCCAACUGUCUACCCUAUCACAUGGGACACUUUCAACUAUGCGCCAGUGGCUCUUGGCCUGGUUCUCUCACUGGUCAUGCUAUGGUGGGUUUUGGAUGCAAGGAAGUGGUUCAAGGGGCCGGUUCGAAAUAUUGAUGUAAACAAUGGCAUUUAAAUGCAUUACGCUCAACAAAUAAGAAAAUGAAAUUGUCUGACAAUUAUCAUAAUGACAUCAUAGUUACUAGUUUGCUAAAGCA